CCACGCUCCAUUCGACUUCCGAUCUACAACCUCAAUUCAACUAUAACUCCACCACCACACCAUCCAACACCCCUUCUCGAUAUUAUUCAAUCAUGACUGACCCCGCGAUUCGGGUCGCAGAGACCAUCCAAACGGCAUCCAUCAAUCCCAAUCCGUCCCCUGCCGACAUCAAUCCCCCGACCGCAGCCGAAAAGCACCCGAUUCAGAAAGCUUCCUCCGAAGCUGACAGUAUCCCUUCGGACAUCGUGGAUCCUCGACGGAUGAUUCAACCGACUACAAGAGGCCAUACCCUUCCCCCGUUGCCCGACCUACGGUUUGAGCAGAGCUAUCUCGCCAGCUUGCGAGGAGCCGACACCUGGGGACGGGUAGCGUGGAUCACCAUCAGAGACCAGGUCCUCCUCCCCUUCCUGCAAGGUUCCCUCUGGACACUGGCCCUCUCCGGCUGGCGAUUCUGGAACCGCAACGCAAAUCUCACCGGCCAGACCCUGGGCAGCAAGAUCCGACGGUGGUGGUACGACGUAAACAACUGGGAACUGCCUCCCCGAUGGGCGUCCACCCGGAAAGAUCCCAAAUUGGCGGAGCAAGUGCAAGACUUUCUACAGUUCUACACAGCGCAGUUCUCAAAUGCAGGCGCGGACUGAACCCACAGCGAGCGGAGUGAUAAAUAACAUACCUUGAAACUUCUCUCCCACGUCUCCCCUGUGGUAGAUUCCCAUCCUGCAUUUCGGGAGUUCUGGUUACGUCGUUUCUCUUUUCUUUUCUGUUCCCUUGAUUUACAUUCUUGUUCGCGUGUUCAGCCAAAACCAACUAACUACUCAAGCCUCUCCAAUGGCGGGCCUCGGACGGGCGAUAAUGUAUAUACAGUUAGCAAAUGGGAAGCUCACAUGGUUU